UUUAAUAGGAUCUCUAUGGCAAGGUGUGACACUUGAAUCUUUGGAAGCAGAGAUUCAAGUGUCUAUAAUUAUUCACUUCUGUAAAAGAUAACUCUAUUCCAGAUAGCUGAGGAGAAAGUUGUUCAGAAGGGAGGCAUACUCAUUCUCAUCAGAUCUCCUGUACUUAGGAAAUACUUCUUAACUAUUACUCUUGCAUGGUUCUCGUUAAACCUCUCCUACUACUGUCUGUCCUGGAACGUUGGAAACUUUGGCCUGGACAUCUUCUUGACACAGCUCAUGUUCGGACUCACAGAGAUACCAGGUCAUAUACUCUGCAUCUUUAUACUGGAAUAUUUGGGGAGGAAGAUAUCCUUAAUGUCCACUCUUCUGACUGGCGGAUUUACAUGCUUCCUAAUCCUGGCUGUUCCACAAGACAGCGCCGUUGCUAUUACUGCUCUUGCUGCUGCUGGGAGGUUUUUCAUGAACAAUGCUGGAUCCAUAUGCAACGUCUAUGUUCAGGAGCUGUUUCCCACCUCUGUUAGACAAACGGCCACAGGCUUGGGCUCAAUAGCGAUCAGAAUUGCUGGAAUACUGUCUCCAAUGCUCAACAUAUUGGCCACAUACCAUUGGUCUAUCCCCACGAUCGUGUUCAGCAGCCUGUCAUUGGUUGGUGGGGCUCUGGUCUUUCUGCUUCCUGAGACCAGGAGGACAGAACUACCUGACUCUACAGAUGAGGCCGAGGGGAAGAGAAAUGUGACUAUCGCCAUGAAGAUAGACAAAGGCUGCAAAGUGGAUGAUUACGACUCUGAAAAAUCUACCAAACUAUAAAGUCAUGUUUAUGUAAGUCUUAUUUUCUGGGUAAAUUUAUUUUCAAGGCUUAGUUAGUAAGACAGUUGGCUGGUGCAUGGUUGUUGUAACACCAAGGUUUUGAAUUUGAUUCCUGGAUGGGCCACAUAACUUGCUGUUUUUAACUUUGGCUUAUAGAAUUUUUAAAAAUGACUUUACUCUUUUUGUAACUCUUAUCACUAGCUAAAUGGAUCAGAAACAUACGAUAAAAGUGUCUACUAAAUUAACAUAUUAUUAUUAUAUUUGUAUUUAAAUACAUUCGCAGUGUAUCAAGGAAUCUAAUGAUAUAUACACCGUUACUUAAAUUUGUAUAAAUAAAACGGAUUAUCACCGA